AUGGCCCAAGGACCCCUCAAGAAAGCAAAGCCGAGCACGGCGAAACGGCCGUCCGCGCUCGCCCCGAAACGCGGGCCUCGCCAGAUCGCGCCGAAGAAGGCGACGCUGAUCAAACAGCAGAAGAUUACCAAGAAACUUACGGCUGGGUUGAUCUCGAAGACGGAGCGGAGUCUGGCGCAGAAGGCCGGACAUUUGGAGUUGCUUGCUGGGGGGAAGAAGGAUAAGAAGGCUGCUGCGGCGGCGGCGGCGGAGAAGGGGAAGGAUAAGGGGAAGAAGUGA